GGCAGGCGGACUAGAAGUCGCAGGGAGCCCCUGCCAACCUCCGUCACUGACACUUCUGCAGCCAUACGGGAGUGCGAGGGGGCGUGGUUCGUCGCAGAGUCUCCGCCCCUCCGGCCCGAGACUCAUCCAUAUCAUGGGCGUGGCCUGUGGCUGAUCACGUGUCCAGGGAAAAAAGUUUUGCGGUCCCAGCGGGAUGUGAGGAAAGUUUUUCUAGUUGUCGGAGCAGAGCGGGAGCUGCGGCCGCGGAGAGCCGGGCGGGUACACAGGGGGCCACGGGACUGGAUCUAGUGGCCGAGCCCCUGCACGGACGGAUCAGGACGCGAGAGUGACAUGAACGGGAGCCGCGGACUGUGAUCGCCCAGGAGCCCGUCACCCCCUUCCUGCAGCACCCCGAGCCCCCACUCUUACCCCGGCUUUACCCCCCCCCCCCCCCCCCAUAACCAUGGAUACCGGGGCCCCGCAGCAGAACUCCUCGUCCGCCCCGCAGCCUCCUCCGGCCGGGCACCAGAUCAUUCAUGUGCGGGGCGACUCGGAGACGGACCUGGAGGCGCUCUUCAAUGCGGUCAUGAACCCCAAAACCGCCAACGUGCCCCAAACCCUGCCCAUGAGGAUGAGGAAGUUACCGGACUCCUUCUUCAAGCAGCCGGAGCCCAAGUCCCAUUCCCGGCAGGCCAGCACAGACGGUGGAUCCGCGGGGGCGCUCACUCCUCAGCAUGUUCGCGCUCACUCCUCUCCAGCCUCUCUGCAGCUUGGCGCCGUCUCUCCGGGGGCACUCUCUCCACAAGGUGUGGUUUCUGCCCAAGGACAACCCGCUCCAAAUCCGCAUCUCCGGCAGUCGUCUUUCGAGAUUCCAGACGAUGUCCCCCUGCCUCCGGGAUGGGAAAUGGCCAAAACUCCAUCGGGACAAAGAUAUUUUCUAAACCAUAUUGAACAAACCACCACAUGGCAGGAUCCAAGGAAGGCUAUGCUCUCUCAGAUGAAUGUUACUGCCCCUACCAGUCCUCCGGUGCAACAGAACCUCAUGAAUCCAACAGGUCCACUUCCAGACGGGUGGGAACAAUCCCUUACUGCUGAGGGGGAAGUCUACUACAUAAAUCAUAAAAACAAGUCCACAUCAUGGCUAGACCCACGUUUUGCCAUGAACCAACAGAGACUAAGUCAGAGUGCACCAGUCAGAUCCCCUCCACCAUUAGCGCCUCAGAGCCCCCAGAGCGGUGUCAUGGGAGGUGGUGCCAAUCAGCAGCAGCUAAGACUCCAACAACUUCAGAUGGAGAAAGAACGACUACGUCUCAAGCACCAAGAACUGCUUCGGCAGGUGAGGCCACAGGAACUAGCUCUUCGUAGUCAACUACCAACCAUAGAGCAAGAUGGUGGAACUCAAAAUCCAGUGUGUUCUUCCGGAAUCACUCAAGAGCUCAGAACAAUGACCAUGAACAGUUCCGAUCCUUUCCUCAACAGCGGCACGUUUCACUCCAGAGAUGAGAGUACGGAUAGCGGAUUGAGCAUGAGUAGUUACAGUGUUCCCCGCACACCUGAUGAUUUCCUCAACAGUGUUGAUGAAAUGGACACAGGUGAUGCAAUCAACCAAAGCAGUAUGCCUACCCAACAGAACAGAUUCCCUGACUAUUUGGAAGCACUUCCAGGAACUAAUGUGGACCUUGGUACGCUUGAGGGGGAAGCAAUGAACGUAGAGGGAGAGGAACUAAUGCCAAGUCUACAAGAAGCUUUGAGUUCUGACAUCCUUAAUGACAUGGAGUCUGUGCUUGCAGGCACCAAACUGGAUAAAGAAAGUUUCCUCACAUGGUUAUAGAGGCCUCUACAAAAACUGCUUCCAAAAUCUCUGAAGGAUUUUGUCAAUUAAGAGUGCCUAUAACUUUACGAGCCUAACUUGUCCACGUGGCAGACUAUCAGCUUGUGCUCCAGAUAAACUUUCAAAGACAUCUACAAUUUUUAUUUUUUUUCUCGUUUUAGUAUUUUCUCCUCACCCGUUGCUGCUUUUAUUACAAACACUUUCCCCCACCACCACCAUUUGAGAGCCUGAGAUAUCAACAUUUUGAAUUUCCUAGCUGCCUCUGAGUAUUUUUAUGUAAAGAGAAUGGGAAGAGUAAAGCAAUACACAUUACAAGUAGAUGCUCCAUCUUGUAAAUAUGCAGUAACAGUUUUCUUCCCAUUCUACUGACAUUAUUAGCUACUGUACUAGGGAAGGACAAAAUAUUUACUCAUAUAUAACUUCUUAUAUGGUGGCACCAACCAUGUUCUUAUCCUUUCCAAGCCUUUCUACUCCAAGGGGUUGAGCGGCCUCUCAAGAUUUUGCUUUAUUGGCUUAUUACAAGCCCCUUGAACGUUUUCCACGAACCAGUGUUAAAUUUCUUUGUUUUGGGAUAUGCUGUGUCCAAAGAAACACUACUUAUUCUGACCCAGGGCAACCAAAAUAAGCCAUGAUUGGAGGCCUACGUAAAACUCAAAACUGUGUUAAGCUAUUCGUGACCCAACAAGCUUGAAGUUGGGAAGAUGUCUCACCAGGAGUCCUCUGCCCAUCUAUGGUUGGCUUGACACCACCUAAUUCGAUAUGAUGUUUGUUUUUGUUUUUUUUCCAGCCAUACAAAUUCAAGUUGGAGGCCAUAAACAAGUUUUAAGGUUGGAAAGAUGUCUCACCGGGAGUCAUCUGCCCACCUAUGGUUGGCUUGACACCGCCUAAUUGUAUUUUUAUUUCCCCCCCCCCCCCCCCCCCAGCCAUACAAAUUCAAGUUGGAAGUCAUAAAUCUAAAAUAGUUCACAUUAGUCUUUGGAGAGGGGAUGUAUGUGUAAUCGGAUAGACUCAAGUCCACUCUAGGCAAUCCUAAACCCUGUUUUAAUAAUGUUUGAAGUACCGAGCUUUAUUAUGGUUUGUAUUUGAUGUAAAGUUGCUCUUUUGGUAUAUUGGUUGAAAAUAAGUUGUUUGGGUCUGUGCAAGGUUCCGAAACUUCUGAACACUACAUUGAACGGCUCUGUAAUGUCAUAUUUGUUUAUACACGCUGAUGAUGCAAGAUGACGCCGGCAGGUGCCAGUAUAUGCUCUAUGAUUUUAUACUUUUAUGUGUGGAUUGGAGGUGGUACCAGAGAGAUUUUUAGUAUGUGUUUUUAUUACUGGCAAAAAUACAAGGUUUUGACAUUUAUCGAACAAAUCAUUCCACCUACCUCCUGUCUUUUUAUAGUUAAAUGUCUUUUUACUUAAAAUUCUAAAGUCUAGUACAUAUAUCGCCCGUCUCCAGGGUUUAUUUUAUUUUGUUGUCUUCUUGCCAACAAAUUGCCCAAAUGGCAUUUUUCAUUUUUUUUUCUUUUUUUAUUUUUUUUUUAAUCAGAGGAGUGUCAUUGGCCAAAAAAUGAUAGAUCUACAUGUAGAAUUGAAAAGAAUUGUGUUGUAUCUUUAAACCUGUCUGUCACCAUCUGUUUUCUUGCAAAUGGGUGUUUUUUUUUUGUUUUUUGUAUGACUAUUAAAUGAUUGUCUUAUUGUACACCUAAUUGUUUUAUUAGAAAAUUAAACAAAUAGCUAACUGUAA